CGGGAAAUGAAAUUUGCUGAAAGCUUGAGGUCAACUUAAAAGGUGUAUUGCUCGCACAUCAAUUUCUCAGCCAAAAUCAAGAUAUCAAGAAAUGACCAAGAAAGAAUACGAAUUAGCUCAACUUAACGUUGGUCUCACACUGGCUAAAUCAGACGACCCCACAAUGGCUGGUUUCUAUGAUAACCUGGACAGGAUCAAUGCUUUAGCAGAAGCGUCCCCUGGCUUUGUCUGGCGGCUCCAAAGCGAUGAAGGCAAUGCCACGGAUAUCAAGCUCUUUGACAACGAACUGAUGAUAGUAAACGCAUCUGUUUGGGAAAGCAAGGAUGCACUUUUUCAAUUCGUCUACAGGUCUGCCCACAAGGACUUCGUGAAACAACGCAAGCAAUGGUUUGCUCAGUGGGAUGGUCCUCACAUGGUCCUUUGGUGGGUCGAGAAAGGAGUCAGACCCACGCCAGAAGAAGCCAAAGCGAGAUUGGAAUAUCUUGCCAAGAAUGGACCGACGCCUCAUGCAUUUACCUUCCGUUCCAUGUUCCCAGCGCCAGACGAAUAAAUGGAACUGGGAUAUUGCAACCUACAUUUACCUAUCCCGUAAUUCAUGCC